AUGGCUUCUUCUGCAGACGUGCAACCAUAUCUUAAUCUUCGUUCGCUUAUUACCAAAAAGAGUAGGUUUACUUCAUUUGCAAAGAAUUCUAACCUUAACGCUUUGGUCACUAUAAUCAGAGCGUUAGCGUAUGCAACAGUCACAGUGGACAUCAAAGUCAGGUGA